CAAGCAGCAGCCAUUACCUGCGGGAAUAAUGAUACAUCGCCACGGUGCUUGGAAAUGAGCGACUCAUUCAAGUUGAGUCAGAUCUGUUCAAGUUCUUUCACAUCAUCUCUCAAGCUCAAGCUCAACCGCCGAGAACCAUCCAUUCAGACAGACAGAGCACACUCACCCGCGACUGCAGCGCCGCUCCAUUGGAAAUGAUGGGUUCAUCACUAAGUUUUGCAAAGAACCUCCUCGUCCCCGCCUCCAUCGCACUGGCCCUCUACGUCCUCCUAUCCUUCAUCAUUGUCCCAUUCUUUCGCCGCUACCACCAGCGGUAUUCCCAGUAUCUCCCGCUGGAAAGCAUUUCAGCACAUACAUUGUCGCUCCGGGAUCGCGUAGCCAACGCGGUAAUGCGUGUAUUCCUCCCAUCGACAUGGCGAUGCAGACGCGGCGGUAAUGAUGACCAGCAGGAUAAUAUCAGUAUAUUCGAUGAGGAAGGAGAGAUCAUGGUGGGUAUGAAUAUGGAUCCUGCGCGAAGGCAAACGCUGGAGAGACGGCAGAAUAACCCUGCUGAGCUGGAGGGCCGUCUUAGUCGGGAUCUCGAGGAGGGAUUCAUGGAUGAUAGUGAUGAUGAGGCAGAGGGCCGGAGUAAUGGGAGGAUACGGCAUUGAUUUUCUUCUUGCAUUGUUCUUUCAUGGUUCCUUACUUUAUUUAUCAGUUGAGAAUGCAUAAGCAUGAAGCAUCUGGAUAAGAAAGAAUCUGCAUUGCAUUAGUUCAUCUUAACAAGGUGAUUGCGGUAUGCUCAGUUUAUGUUUGCAUCUUUGGGAUUUUAGCCAGUCUUUUACUAUGCAUAUAUGCAAUAUAUGCCUAGGUAAUACGUCUAAGACCUGCCUCAUAAAGAGCAUAAUGCGAACAGAAUAAAGUUCAGAUCAUCUACAUUGCCCCACGAGCCAAUA